UGUCAGAGUGACUCCUGACCUUCAUCAGUAGCCUCACCCAGCAUCAUCAUCAUCAUCAGGACCAGCUCAGUCCAGACGACAAAACCGAAACGCGUUUCUGCUGGAGUGUGUCCCUGGCGGGCCGCCGUCGCGAUGGGCGAGAGCAUGUCGAAGCGGCUGAAGCUAGUCACCGGCUCCGAGGCAGAGAUGGAGGAUCGCAGCUUCAUCAACCCGUUCCCGGACUGGGAUCAGAGCCUGUCCGUGUCCUCAGACCCAGCAGAACACAGCGGAGGAAACGAGCCGCUUGACGCCGACGGAAAGAUCAGUGACGCCUUUCAGAAGAAGGUGCAAAGCAAGAUCACAGAUCUUCUCCAACAGAUGGAGGAGGGCCUGAAGACUGCAGAUCCACAUGAUUUUUCCACCUACACAGGCUGGACAGGCAUAGCCCUGCUGUACCUGCAGCUGUAUCGAGUGACGCAGGAGGCCUCGCAUCUGCAGCGGGCUCUGGAUUACGUCAAACGCGCGCUGAGGAACCUGAACGGGCGGCGCGUCAGCUUCUUGUGCGGAGACGCCGGGCCUCUAGCUGUAGGCGCAGUCGUUCACCACCACUUAAAGAACCAGACCGAGUCCCAGGAGUGCCUCACGAAAUUGCUCCAGCUCCAGCGCUCAGUGCUCAGUCCAGACUCCGACGUUCCUGAUGAGCUUCUGUACGGUCGAGCCGGAUACCUCUUCGCUCUGCUGUAUGUGAACGCAGAGAUCGGGCCGGACGCGGUGGACAACAACACCAUCAUCAAGGUGGUGACUGCUGUUCUGGAGUCAGGGAAGAACUUGUCUAAAGAGGAGAAGAAAGCCGAGCGCUGCCCGCUGCUGUACGAGUGGCAUAAGAAACAGUAUGUGGGAGCAGCUCAUGGUCUGGCAGGCAUUUACUACAUGCUCAUGCAGCCGAGUGCUAAAGUCAGUCAGGACACUCUGAAUGAGCUGCUCCGGCCCAGUGUGGAUUACGUGCGGCACAAGAAGUUCCGCUCGGGCAAUUACCCAUCAUCCCUCAGCAACGAGACGGACAGACUGGUGCACUGGUGUCACGGAGCUCCUGGAGUGCUGCAUAUGCUCAUCAUGACUCAUAAAGUCUUCAGGGAUGAGAAGUACCUGCGAGACGCGGCUGAGUGUGGAGAGGUGAUCUGGCAGAGAGGGUUACUGAGGAAGGGUUAUGGACUCUGUCACGGCACGGCUGGGAACGGAUACGCCUUGCUCUCGCUCUACCACGCCACACAGGACAAGAAAUACCUGUAUCGUGCCUGCAAGUUUGCUGAAUGGUGUCUAGACUACGGGACCCACGGCUGUCGUAUUCCUGACCGGCCUUACUCCCUUUUUGAAGGUAUGGCAGGAGCCAUCCAUUAUCUCUCAGAUGUCAUCCAGCCUGAGGGUUCUCGAUUCCCUGCUUUUGAACUUUGACCUGUGCGUUUGGAAGCAUAGACUGUUGCUCCUUCAUUAGGAGGUUCACAUGCUUUCACAGUACAGUUACAUCGCUCUGGAUGGACCCUUUAAAAUGAAGAAAACUAUUUCUUCCUCAUCAUGGACGCGAAAAACCCAACCUUCAGCCUAUAAUUUCAAACAACGCCGCCUUGAGUUCGGUCUUCGUAGCUUGUAGUCUUUAUCAGUAUGUUGCUGUUUUUUGGACAAUAUUUAAUGCUAAUAUAUGGUUUUGUUUUAGUUUAUAUCUUUAUAUCUUACAGCACAGCAGUGUUUCUUGCAUCUGCAUGCUUGUUGGUGAAUAGCAGAGCCUCUGUGAUCGUCUGUGGCGCUCCGGAGCGUUUGCCCCAUGCGAACGCAGUCUGCGUUGUCUUUGUCUUUGCAUGAGGAUGGCAACACGUGCUCAUGUCGGAAUGUGCCGGUGCCUUUCGGUAAAUUAAUCCAGUAUCCAACACGGUGUGGUUGUCAAGUAUAUGCUGUGUGUAUGUCAGUGUUUCGUUCCAGUCGCUGUUGGUAAAUGUCUUGAUAAAAGAAAGAAUGACCUGCUCUGGUAAAUAUUGUUUCCUCAGGCAAAACGUGUUAUGAAUGUCACAAUAAAUUGGGCUUUUUCUG